AUGCAGGACAUUCGACUCACGGCCAUCUUGAUGGCCUGCUUUACGCUCUUUCCGUCCUAUGCAACUGCAUUCUGGCGUCUUCCUUGCCGUGGAAGAUCUGGUGUCGCCCGGCUCGACCCCAUUGUGGACCCAGGCAAAGUCGCCGGUCACGUUCAUGCUAUUCAUGGAGCUGGAAACUUCGGCAUGAGCUCUGACCAGGACUCGCUCCAAGAGUCUGAUUGUACAUCGUGCGCAGUGACUCAAGAUAAAUCUGCUUACUGGACUCCCGCUUUGUACUUCAUGCACACCAACGGUAGUGCCGAAUUGGUUGAGGAGGUUGGAGGCAUGCUCGCCUACUAUCUGCUCUAUGGAGAGAAGGUUACCGCGUUCCCCAAGAACUUCCGAAUGCUGGCAGGAGACCCCUACCAGCGCAACUUUACGUGGCCAGUUCCCGAUCCUCCCAAGUCCUCUUGGAGUGGCGCUCAAGCCUCACAGGCUGCCUUGCGCCAGAAAGCACUCGGCUUCAACUGCUUGAACUAUCAGACUACCGCCGAAGCCUCUCUGUACCGCCAUUUCUUGCCCAACAAGACUUACCUGGAUGAGCAUUGCACCGAUGGUGUUCGAUUCGAAUUGAUGUUCCCAUCUUGCUGGAAUGGUGUGGAUACGGACUCCGAUGAUCACCAAUCCCAUGUCGCGUAUCCAUCGCUGGUCAUGGACGGUACUUGCCCCGAGGGGUACGAGACUCGCUUGGUAUCACUCUUCUAUGAAACCAUCUGGAACACUUAUGCUUUCAAGGACGUGGAUGGGUACUUCGCGCUUGCCAAUGGUGAUCCCACUGGAUAUGGAUACCAUGGUGACUUUAUGCAGGCCUGGGAUGACGGUGUGCUGCAGGAGGCCGUUGACACUUGCACAAGUGAAACUGGCCUGGUUGGCGACUGCGAAAUCUUCGACAUCCAGACAGAAACAGAGCAGCAGCAAUGUGAACUCAAGGUGCCAUCAGCAUUGAAGCACGAAAAUGUCUUCAUGCACGCUGACGGAUUGCCGGGUACAAUGCCUAUCGCAUGGGGUCCAGCCUACGCCACGAUGGAUAUGGGCUCCGGAGCUGCAUCAACAACAACCACUGCAACCACUGCUGCCGGUCUUGUUCCAACUCUCUCGAUCCCCUCGAUUCCCACUCUCUCACUUGGUGGUGGUAUUUCGAUCGAUGCAGGUAAUCUGCUUGAAAAUUUCCAUGCCGCCAACACUGCCGCCAACACUGCCGCAGCUCCCACGACUACUUUCACUUCGACUUCCAGUCCUACCCCGACCCCGACCCCAACUACUUCCAUCACUGUCGACACUCUCACAGAGGAGAUCAUUUAUCUUCAGCGCGAUAUUAUCGUUUUGAUUGAUGAGGAAGGCGUCCCUUACACGACCAGCACGGGUGGCGUACGCACUGUCUCUACAGCUAUUACUACGGUCACUGAAACAUCUACUGCCAUUUCUUACGUGAAGAAAGACACCGUACCCGAACCUGUGGAGUUGGAGCAGCCUUCUCGCCAUGCGCGUAGACAUCAUCACCGCCACGGUCGCUCACACAACACCAUUUAA